CCAAUUUAACAACGAAGAAGAAGAACCGGAAAGGCGGGACGUUGACAGCUGACGUCAGUAAACCAAACAAAAAAGUUGUAUCGCAACAAACUAACAUUUUGGUAUUUGUAUUCGCAUUAGACAUCUUAGUACACCAUUUACAUACCGUCCCACUGAAGACUUUUGAGGACUGUCUGAAGAGAAAUGUCUGAGCUAAGCGACGAGGCCAGUGAGUCGGAGCAGCUGGGAGUCAGUCUCUCCCUCUGGCUGGGCGAGUCUCUGGUGAGAUCCGAGGAGCUGGACGUCCCUUUGGACCUUCACACCGCCUGCUCCAUCGGCCAGUAUGACGUGGUGGCAGAGUGCAUCAAAAGGCGUGAGGUGGACCUAAAUGGGAAGAACAUUGGAGGAUGGACCCCCUUAAUGUAUGCUUCAUACAUUGGUCAUGACAACAUUGCUAAUCUCCUGCUUGAAGCCGGUGUGAAGGUCAACGCCACCACCGCUAAAGGACAGACCCCUCUGAUGCUGGCGGCGAGCUGUGGGAAUGAAAGCAUCGCCUACUUUCUGCUUCAGCAAGGUGCAGAGCUGGAGCUGAAGGACUGCCGAGGCUGGACAUCCCUGUUUCACUGUACAUGUACGGGUCACCAGCAGAUGGUUAAGUUUCUGCUAGAUAACAAUGCCGAUGCGAAUGUGAGGGAGCCUGGGUCUGGAUUUACUCCCUUAAUGGAGGCUGCUGCUUCUGGGCAUGAAAUCAUUGUUCAGCACCUGCUUGAUCAUAAGGUUAAGGUAGAUGAGCGCAACGCCAAAGGUGAGACGGCGCGAGCCCUUGCCAUGACGUACGGCUACACCAAGAUAGCAAGCCUCAUUGACUCACGUUCUCCAAGGAACAAAGCAGGACAUUUUGAAGACCUCAGCUCCUCUGAGGACUCGGACAGCGGCCCCCCUCGGCCACGACCCAGCCGCAGCCGAGCUAAGGGCAUUAGCAUACACGACGGGCCACAAGCUAUCGCUAAGUUUAGGGUCGGAGGCGCUGGCAGGACUGGAGGAUCGUGUGAGCCUCGUACAGCACGUGCUGGCUACACAGCAUUCCGCGAUAUCGGCAAUCAGAGCGAUGGCAUUUGCUAUCGCGACGUGACCUCGCCCAUCAACGAGCUGGACGGCCAAAGCAAUAGCAGCAGAGGUGACAGUCCGUUCUUGGACAACGACAUGCCCACCAUAAGGAGCAGCAGUAGCAGCAGUGAGAGUCUACCUCCUGUCAACGGCUGGGAAGCCUCGGUGGAAAGUAACGAGGAUUCUGAUCAGUGCAAAAAGAGCAGCUCACGCAGACUCAAUAAGGCUCAUUACUCCAAAGGCAAAAACCGCUAUGUAGGCAGCGAUGCAGCGUACACUGGUGCUACAGGGGACUGUGGGAAAUGUUCCCAUGUUCCAUCAUCCUACAACGGUCCUAAAGAUCUUGCUGAGUUCUUGGAACACCUUGGCUUCUCAAAAUAUCUCCCUUUACUGGAGGAGCAAGACAUUGACCUACGUCUUUUCCUCACCCUGACAGAGAACGACCUAAAAGAGAUCGGGAUCACGUUGUUUGGACCAAAGCGUAAGAUGACGUCCGCCAUUGCCAGGUGGCACAGCAGCGCUCGCCCUCCAAGUGAUGCUCUGGAACAGGCAUAUGCUGACCAGCUGGAAGCUGAAAUGCAGGAGAUGGCUAUCCAGCUGCACAAAUGCUGUGAGGAAGUGGAGGGUCUGCAGAGUCAGGUGUCUCAGGAAAAAGAGUUGCGCACCGUGAUGGAGGGAUGUCUGAUGGACGACAAGAUGGCAUGGAGGAGGGUACAUGCAGAGCUUGUGGAGAACCACCGUCUGGCCCAGGAAAUGAAUGCGACAUUAGCAAAGGCCAGAGUGUGUCGCACGGAGCUGGUUGCUUCAGUAACUGCCGACAGAUUUUUGAACGGCGUGGAAGUAAAACCAAAAGGUGACGCAGGUGAGUCGCUUGCUCGUAAAAUGCUUUUUGAGACUUUUUCUUUUAACCUGACAUUUUACUAUGCUGGAUGUCCGACACUUUCCUGUGAAGUUGAGCUGAUGAAGAAAUUGGAUUCCUACCAAGAAGAACUCACGGGGACCUUGCAAACUGUGCUGCAGAGUCUGAGGCGAUUGAGUGCCUCUGAAAAAGUUUCAGAUAGUUGGGAAAGACCUUGAUCCUUGCAGAGGCUUCUGCCAGUGAAUGACGGAGGGUGAGAUGACCACCCUAAACAAUGUUUCUUGCCAGAGACAAGGCCAGACCUGCCAGGCCAGAUACACAGGACCUACUAGUCCUCUGGGAUCGACGAACAGACGUGGGAACUCGGUCGAGGGUUAAGGAAAAGCAGGCAGGAGGGACACAGCCCUUGCACGCCUGCGCACAUGUGCUCGCGCUGGUCGAUGAUCAGAUGUACUUUGAAGCACACGUUGAAAUGCUGUGAAAUACUUUCAAGAAUGUGGCUUUACUUUUUAACCACUAAAUAAAGAGGCCAAGUCCAUUAAGUUUUUUCUUAUUCUGUUCAGGUUAAGAAAUUCAAUUUCUGAUGAUUAAUUCACGGAAAUUUGUUAAAAAUGUCCUGCUGAAUAUAUUCAAAUAAAAAUCUGUAACCCAAA